GCUUGAAGCUUAUAUAAAGAAAGUAAUAGCUCUCUCCUUACUGAAAUCAAAGAGAAAAGCGAGGAAGAGAGAUACCAUGGCCACCAACCACAACCACAAUCACAACCAGAGUCACAACCACAAUCACAAUGGAAACUACGAAGAAAAUGAGAGCAAUGAAGCCGUAUUAUCUCGGCGACAAUCAUCAUACGCAUUUGUGAGCAAUGAGCUUGAAGAAAUAUUGUCUAACACCGAGUUCACAUUCUUUGAGAGAAUGCGAAAAGCUACCUCGGUCGAGUUAAGGACACUGUUUUACCUAGCUGCACCAGCUAUUGUGGUUUACUUGCUCAAUAAUGUAGUUUCCAUGUCUACCCAGAUUUUGUGUGGUCAUCUUGGCAAUCUUGAGCUUGCAGCUGCUUCUCUUGGUAACAAUGGAAUCCAAAUUUUCGCCUACGGACUCAUGCUAGGGAUGGGGAGUGCAGUGGAGACACUAUGUGGCCAAGCCUUUGGAGCACGUAAGUUUGAAAUGCUAGGAGUGUAUCUCCAGAGAUCAACAGUGCUCCUUACAGUAACUGGGAUACUAUUAACACUCAUAUAUAUUUUCUCCAAGCCAAUCUUGCUCUUACUAGGUGAAUCAAGAGAAAUUGCAUCGUCUGCUGCUGUUUUUGUGUAUGGUCUUAUUCCACAGAUAUUUGCCUAUGCUGCCAAUUUCCCAAUCCAAAAGUUCUUGCAAGCGCAGAGCAUAAUUUUCCCUAGUGCAUAUAUCGCAGCUGCUAUGCUUCUGAUUCACUUGUUAAUAAGCUGGGUUGUAAUAUUCAAGAUGGAGGGGGGGUUGAUGGGUGCUUCGCUGGUGUUGAGUUUUUCUUGGUGGAUUAUAGUUAUUGCCCAGUUUGUCUACAUUAUCAUAAGUCCAAAAUGCAAGCGUACAUGGACUGGAUUUACUUGGCAAGCCUUUUAUGGUUUGUGGGACUUCUUGAAGUUAUCCACCGCAUCUGCUAUAAUGCUCUGCCUCGAGACUUGGUACUUCGAGAUUUUGGUUUUGAUUGCUGGGUUGCUCAAGAAUGCUGAACUUGCCUUGGAUUCUCUAUCCAUUUGCUUGACAAUAUCAAUAUGGGUGUACAUGAUCUCAGUGGGUUUUAAUGCAGCUGCAAGUGUGAGAAUAAGCAAUGAGUUGGGGGCUGGACAUCCAAAGUCUUCAGCAUUUGCCGUGGUGAUAGUGACCUCAUGCUCUUUUGUGAUAGCUUUGAUCAUAGCUAUUCUUGUGCUCUUGCAGCGCAAUGUAUUGAGCUAUAUCUUCACCAGUGGUACCACUGUUGCCAAUGCUGUGGCAGAGCUCUCUCCUUUCCUUGCCCUCUCUAUCAUUCUCAAUGGAGUGCAACCAGUCUUAUCUGGCGUUGCUGUUGGAUGUGGAUGGCAAGCAUUUGUUGCCUAUGUUAAUGUUGGAUGCUACUACUUUGUCGGUAUUCCAUUGGGUUGCAUUCUUGGUUUUAUUUUCGAUUUGGGUGUAAAGGGAAUAUGGUCAGGAAUGUUAGGAGGUACCAUCAUGCAGACUCUAAUCUUAUUAUGGGUUACAUUUCGGACAGAUUGGAAUAAAGAGGUGGAGGUUGCAAGGACCCGCUUGCAAAUAUGGGACGAUGUCACAGAGCCACUUGUGAAGGAACGGAGGUGAAGGAGCAUUAGCUGAAGAAGAUGCCAAUACAUAGAUUUCCAAUUUCAAUAUCCAACAAUAUAAAUACCAAUGCUUAUAAAAAAAAUAAAUAAAUAAAAACCAAUGUACAAAGAAAAUCACGCUGCUUGCUUCCUCCUGAACCACAUCAUAUGCAAUUUUGAAGAAUUAGUACUUUUUUUUUGUU